AUGCCCAAAAGGUACUUCGGUUUUUGCACAUAUGCUGGGAAUAAUGGAGAUGCAUGGGAAAAGGUAUUAAGUGCAGUCUGUGUGUCUGGUUUGGUACCAGUGAGUAUUCCUCAUCAUGGUAGAGAGUACUUCUAUGUUCUGGGGGGAGGCUUGCAGAAUGGAACCCUGUACCGUGCAGAGGUUUACGAUGGUGAUGUUACAUUUACAGAGUUGGUGGAUUCUAUUGGCUUCACCGCAUGCGAGAUUGUGACAUUUGAAAAAAACCUUAAAAGAAGCACUGCGAACAACCCCAGUUGCCAGGUGUGCUCAGCGGCCCAGAAUGCCCAGACCGAUGUAACUGACAUCAUACUAGUAGAGCUGCUUUUCCAUGAAGAUCAAGAGCGUUCUUACAUACUGCUCACGUUCGAUGGUCAUUUCCAGAUGAGUGAGAUUUUACCUGAGUUCAUCGUUUAUAGUCAGAGGCAACGGCACCAAGAGAGAAGUUCUUUGAACCUGAAAUUCAAUGGAAUGACACUUAACCCCAGCACUGGAAUUCUAUACAUCUGGGGAAACUCACUCAUCUUCUCUUAUAUUCUUACUUGGGAGGAUGGGCAGAGUUUUUGGCACGACAGCGGAUUUCCUAGAGGAGGUGUGUAUAUUAUUAUAUGA